GAUUAAACUUAAUUACCUUGAAGUGGCUGUUGACAUUUUGUGAAUUAUCUCUAUAGCCUCAUAGAAUCAGCUGACUUGGAUACUGCUAGUCUAUUUCCAAGCUCCAGAUUCCGACACAGGAUGGAGUUCACCGUUCGCAGGAUAGGACCUGAGAGUAUAGCAGAGAUUGACGACUGGGUCCAGCACAAGUUUCUUCCAUCCAUGCCGCUGAUGUGUGCCUUCGGUGUAGAUGUGUACGGAAAGACGGCCUCCCCGCACGGACCGACCCCUGGCAGUACCGUCGUCUACCUCCAGGCGGUGGACUCCCAGGGGACAGUCCUAGGCAUUGCCAUCCUGAAGGAUUCCGUCAAGUUCGGUUCGAACGACAACAAUUCUCCUGAGUGGAAUAAGAUAGUGGACUUCAUGAACUUCGCCGAAGAAGACGCCAAACUCCACGAUCUUCCAGGCAGAACCAUAGAACUACUGGUGUUGUCAGUGGCCGAGGAGAGUCGGGGGAGAGGAGUGGCCAGAAGGCUCGUACUGGAGGCUGAGGACGUUGCUAAGGAGGCCAAGUUUGACUCUAUCGUCGUCUGCUGCGCCAGCGAAUUCGCGGCAAAAGCUGCUAGAAGCGCGGGGUGGCGGGAACACUACCGCCUGGCGUACAAAGACUAUCCAAAACGGUCCGGGACAGGUGUCCAGCUAGUUCCUACCCCACCUCACAACCACUUCUACAUUUAUGUCAAGGAUUUCAAUCAUAAAAGAUAA